UACGUCGCGGAGCGAGUCAUACGCUCUCCAUUGUCAGGACACAAACAUUCGUCCCUCCGCUCGAAGAAAAUGGGACUGCUCUCUAUUCUUCGUAAAUUACGGUCUAAUCCAGACAGGGAGCUGCGACUGUUACUUCUUGGGCUGGACAAUGCGGGGAAAACGACGAUUUUGAAGUCACUGGCUAGUGAAGAUAUAACUCAGGUCACACCAACGCAAGGUUUCAAUAUCAAAAGCGUUCAAAGUGAAGGCUUCAAACUCAACGUUUGGGAUAUUGGAGGUGCUCGGAAAAUCCGUCCCUACUGGAGAAAUUACUUCGAAAACACUGAUGUGCUUAUUUACGUAGUCGACAGUGCAGACUUGAAAAGGCUAGAGGAAACCGGACAAGAGCUAUCCGAACUUUUACUAGAGGAGAAAUUACGCGGAGUUCCGUUACUAGUUUACGCAAACAAGCAGGAUCUUGGGAAUGCGGUAACAGCUGCAGAAAUCGCGGAAGGGUUAGGACUUCACAAUAUAAAGGACCGAGACUGGCAAAUACAAGCGUGCAUUGCGACCGAGGGAAAGGGUGUGAAGGAGGGACUCGAAUGGGCCUGCAAGAGCAUUAAAAAAAAGUAAUACCAUCAAUACGUAGAACUGAAUUCAGCUAAGGAUUGAAAUAACGGAUAUAGAACAUCUGGAUAAUUUUGUACAUUUUACACGAUACUCCAUUUCGAAUUCUAUCUAAUAUUUACAAGACAAUUAUGAAUAUAAUGUAAAUAUAUUGCGGAUGAAUCAGAGUAAUGCCUCUUAAUAAUGAAAACCACAUCGUACUAAAUCAUUAUUGCACCAAAGUUGAGACAUUCAACGAAACCAAUCUAGUCAUUAAUCUUUGAUGUUGAAUUCGAAGAUUCACUCGGUUGAUGGAAUUCUCAAUCAUCAUUCAAUGUUUGAUUUUUCUCCACAUCUUCACCUCGAUGGAUAAGUAUAAAUCCGUCAGAUAAUAAAGAGCGUCGAAUCUUUUGAGAUAAAAUGUGACAUGAAGUGUAUUUUCUCUACACCCAUUAAAUAACCGACAAAUCGUCCAACA